AUGGCGGCAGCGACCAAACGCCAGAGCCGCACUCAGAGGAAGGCGAGGGGUGGUGCCCGUGGUGGCUUCGAGACCCUGAAGUCUGAGGAGAUCUUCACCGAGGCCAAGGAUUUGAUGCCAGGUGGUGUGUCCAGCCCUGUGCGAGCCUUCAAGUCGGUGGGUGGCAACCCCGUGGUCUUUGACCGAGUGAAGGGUGCCUAUGCUUGGGAUGUGGAUGGCAACCAGUACGUUGACUAUGUGGGCACCUGGGGCCCUGCCAUCAUUGGCCAUGCAGAUGACAAGGUCCUGAAGGCCUUGAGCACUCAGAUGGAGAAGGGCACCUCUUUCGGUGCUCCUUGUGCCCUGGAAAACGAGCUGGCCAAGAUGGUCAUCGACGCCGUCCCCUCAGUGGAGAUGGUGCGCUUCACCAACAGCGGCACGGAAGCCUGCAUGGGCAUGCUGCGAUUGGUGCGAGCCUUCACCAAGCGCGAUGUGGUGGUGAAGUUUGAAGGCUGCUACCAUGGCCAUGGCGAUGCCUUCCUGGUGCAGGCUGGCUCCGGUGUUGCCACCCUGGGCCUACCAGACUCUCCUGGUGUGCCAAAAGGCGCCACCACCAGCACCCUGUGCGCGGAGUACAACAACUUGGAAUCCGUGGAGGAGCUCCUGAAGAACAACGAGGUGGCUGCCGUGAUCCUGGAGCCAGUGGUGGGCAACAGCGGCUUCAUCCCACCCACCAAGGAGUUCCUGGUUGGUCUUAGGGAGUUGACCACCAAGUACGGUGCCCUGUUGGUCUUUGAUGAAGUCAUGACCGGCUUCCGCAUCGCCUAUGGAGGAGCCCAGGAGCAUUUUGGGGUGACACCCGAUGUGACCACCAUGGGCAAGGUCAUUGGUGGUGGCCUGCCAGUGGGCGCCUAUGGGGGCCGCAAGGACAUCAUGGAGAUGGUGGCACCUGCAGGCCCCAUGUACCAAGCAGGCACGCUGAGUGGUAACCCUCUGGCAAUGACGGCUGGCAUUGAGACCUUGAAGAGGUUGAAGGAGCCAGGAAGCUAUGAGUACCUGGACAAGAUCACCGGCAAACUCAUCAACGGCAUUUUGGAUGCUGCCAAGGAGCACGGCCACCAGGUUUGCGGAGGUCACAUCAGCGGCAUGUUCGGCUUCUUCUUCUGCGAGGGCCCUGUGACCUGUUUCGCGGAUGCCACCAAGAGUGACACUGAGAAGUUUGCCAAGUGGCAUCGCAUGAUGCUGCAGAAGGGCAUCUACUUGGCACCCUCGCAGUACGAGGCGGGCUUCACCUCCUUGGCGCACACCGAGGAGGACAUCGACAGGACCAUCGCGGCGGCAAAGGAGGUCUUCGCGGCCCUCUGA